UGCAGAGUGCAAGCCUAAAGGGGGAGGAAUAGAAAAGAGAUAAUGGCUGCCAGUGGUAAGAGAUUGAUUGGCAAAUCUGUACUCAUCACAGGAGCUGCUCAAGGGAUUGGAAGGGCCUCUGCAAUGGCUUGCAGGAAUGAAGGGGCACAUGUGAUUGCAACUGACCUGAACGUUGAACUCCUCAAAGAGCUACAGAAAGAAUUCCCAGAUAUACAGAUAGAUCAUCUAGAUGUCACUGAUGAGGAUGAAGUCAAGUCCGUCAUUAAUAAAUACACUACUCAAUCUGAUGCCACAAAGAAUAUCAGCGUGCUAUUCAACUGUGCUGGAUUUGUUCAUCAUGGAACUGUUGUAACGACUACAACGACAGACUGGGAUAGAUCAUUCACCAUUAACGUCAAGAGCAUGUUCCUCUUGAGCAAGUACACUAUUGACUAUUGGUUGAAAUCAAAGGUCAAGGGUAGCAUAAUAAACAUGGCCUCUGUCGCUAGCAGUAUGAAAGGUGCUCAGUUUCGUUGUGCCUAUGGAGCCACCAAAGCAGCUGUCAUUGGUCUCUCUAAAUCAAUUGCAACCGAUUAUGUGGAGAAAGGGAUAAGAUGCAAUUGUAUUUGUCCUGGUACUGUCGAUACUCCUUCUUUGCGUGAGAGGUUUGUUACAUUAGGAGGUGGAGAUGCAGAGAAAGGCAGGGAAGAGUUUACUAAAAGGCAGAAGAUGGGACGGUUAGCAACUGCUAAAGAAGUUGCUGCAAUGGUUGUCUAUCUUGCCAGUGAAGAGACUGCCUUUAUUACUGGCACUGAAUUCAAAAUUGAUGGUGGUUGGAGCUUGUAAACAUUUUUGUUUAUAAUAUUAUAAUUAAUUGAAUUUUAUAAUACUGCUAAUUGUCACGUGACUGAUUAAUAUUUACCCACGUGACAUCACGUGGGACAAAAUGGUGCCCUUAAGACUGGCUUUAAGAUGUCACUCUCUCUUAAUGAGAAGACUAUCCUCUACUGUAAACGGUGAAAUCAUUAGACAAACAUCUUCUGAAGGGAAGGAAAUCAACGCAACCACAAAAUCUUUAAGAGUAGACGCAGUUGCUGCUGCAGGGCUGGCAAUAUCAAGAAGAAAACUGUGGGAAUUAGCAUUUGGUGAUAGCAUAUAUUUAAAUGGAAGUCCGAUCAAAAAGAAAAGCCAAGAGGUAAAGGAAGGUGACAUUAUUGAAGUUGAUGUAUGUGUGUCCUUUGAAGAGGGGUCAUCAAAUGAAGAAGUAAUAAAAAGAGGGAGAGUGAUUGUCACUGAAAUUGGACCAAAAACAGCAAAGGGACGAUAUCAUUUGACGUUAAAACGUUACAAACAGUUUUUACUAUACAAAAGGAAUAAUUAAUUUGUAGUAGCUCUUUUCUUGUCUUUGGUUCUCUCUUUUUUUAAUACUGUGACCUGUCCAGUGUUAUUUUUACAGUG